AUGUUACUGUUGCCUGUUGCUGUUGCUACUGCUGCUGCUGAUGAUGAUGAUGAUGGUGAUGAUGAUGGUGGUGGUGAUGGUGAUGGUGAUGAUGAUGGUGGUGGUGAUGGUGAUGGUGAUAAUGGUGGUAAUGAUGAUGAUGGUGGUGAUGAUCAUAUGGAAGAGAACAAUAUUGUGGUGGUAGUAGUAAUAGUAGAUUAA